ACUCACAUUCUAUCUUCUAAUCCAGUUCCUUUUUAAUAUUCAAUCGAAUUUUAGAGUGCAAUACAUUGAUCUUGACAUCAAAUGGCUUCACCUCAUGAUAUAAGCGGGUCUGACCAGAACAAUAAGAAACAAUCUGAACCCGUUGUCAUUGGAAACAUAUUUAAAACGGUUUCCAACGCUCUCGGCAGUGCCAAAGAUGUGACCGGAAAAACUCAUCAAGCCACCGGGAAGGGGUCGGAGGAGCUCAAGGAUUCCAACGUUCAAAAAGCAAAAGAAGAAAGUGACUUCGCUAACCAGAAAGCAAAAGAAGCUAUUGACUUGGCCGAGGGGCACAAGGUUUUCGUGGCUAAGAAAGCAAAAGAAGCUGCUGACUUGGCGGAGGAGCACAAAGGUUUCGUCGCUCAGAAAGUAAAAGAAGCCACUGACUUUGCUAACCAUAAAGCAAACGAAAUCGCUGACCAGGUUAUCCAUAAAGCAAAAGAAGACGCUAUCUUGGCAGAGGAACACAAGGAUUUGGUCACCCAGAAAGCGAAAGAAGCUAAGGAAACUGGUGAUGCAACAUUAGGGAAGAAGGGCUUGUGAGUUUAAACCUAACUUGGGUAGGUGCACCAACAUCUUUGUUGACAAUAAGAACUAUAAAUGGAAGCUUCUUCCUUUCAUAUGGUAAAAUUUUAUAUUCAAAUGGUGAACACUUUAAAGAAAACUAUAGCUAUAGUAAGCUGGUUUAGCUAUAAAUGGAAGCUCUAACAUCAGUUGUUGAGCACCAAUCUUUAUAAAGAUGUAGUGUAUAAUACUACUAAGUAUUAUCAAAGAUGAUUGUUUUUCAUGUAAUACUGAGUGUGUAAGUUUGUUUAUUUUCUUUUAGUUCUGAAUAAAAGAACAUUUUUAACCAAACAAGUGGUUUCAGA